AUGAAGGCCGCCCACGAGGCAGCUGCUGCUAUGUCAGAGUUGGCUACAGACGUUAGGCCCAUUCCUAUGCUUACAGUGGACGUUCCUACCGGUCCACCGGGCCAAACACGCAUCAGCACUACUACACUACUCAGUCCCUCGGCCCGUACCAUUGCUUCACCAGCGAUGGCUCAAGACACGGACGGAGAAGAUGGGGAGGACCAACCCAAUGCGUCCUCUCCUAUGGACACCGGUCGAGAUGGUUUUGGUGACAACCAUCUCGUGCGUGCACCGGGGUCCGCCCGACUCGCCUUCCAGAAUAUUAACACUAUUCCUGAUGCGUCGGACGACCCUAAACAAGCACAGCUGAACCACUGGAUUCGAAGCGAACGUGUGGACUUUUUACUUCUGGCUGAAUUGAAUAAAUUCUGGCCAGCAAUUACACCAACCAACCGAUGGCGUGAACGCGCCAGUACUAUGGCUCGGAAGGGCGAAGGUUCCCACUCGGCGGUGGCCUACAACACCCAUCAACCACGGACUGCCCAUUCGACCACCCAAUUUGGGGGCUGUUCUACUUCUGCCUUCAACGAAGUCUCCCAUCGAGUCCGGUCCAGUGGCGACGAUAGCUUGGGGCGAUGGGCUUGGAUCCGACUUCAUGGCCGAACACGAGGCGUUGGCCAGCGCGACUUGGUGGUCAUCUCUGCCUACCGACCAAACCCACCCAACGACGGGCAUCAAACCGUGUGGUUCCAACACAAGGCCCAUUUCAGCCGCACCCACCGCGACGCUGAACCCAGGGAAGCUUUCAUCAAGGACCUCUCGACGGCAAUCAACACCUGGCGCGACGACGGUUGUUCCAUCAUCUUGGGCAUCGAUGCCAAUGAUGACUUGUCCUCCUACUCCCCAAAGUCUUUCCGUUUUCGGAUGAGCGAAGUGGGACUGAUCGAGGCGAUCCAGUCCAAACAUCCAGGGUCCCAUCAGGCCACUUACCAGCGAAACCUCCGUGGGUAUCCGAUUGACGGUAUCUUUGCGACGCCUGACGUGCCCAUCCUGGCCGCCGGGUACUACCCUU